UGAAGCGGGAGCUGCGCGCGCCGCCACUCUUCCUCGGCGUCUCUCUUCCUUUUCUUGUGUGCGCGGCCGCGUGUGGCUCGAGAGUUCGCAGAGAUGGCGAUGCACGUUCCGAAGGCCCCGGGCUUCGCCCAAAUGCUGAAAGACGGAGCGAAGCAUUAUUCAGGAUUAGAAGAAGCUGUGUUUCGAAAUAUUCAGGCAUGUAAAGAGCUUGCUCAAACAACUCGCACAGCCUAUGGACCAAAUGGGAUGAACAAAAUGGUUAUCAAUCAUUUGGAGAAGCUUUUUGUUACUAAUGAUGCUGCUACCAUCCUAAGAGAGUUGGAGGUUCAACAUCCAGCUGCAAAAAUGAUUGUCUUGGCUUCUCACAUGCAAGAGCAAGAAGUUGGUGAUGGAACAAAUUUUGUUCUUGUGUUUGCUGGAGCCCUCCUAGAACAUGCAGAGGAGCUUCUAAGAAUGGGGCUUUCUGUUUCAGAGUUAAUUGAAGGCUAUGAAAAAGCUUUGAAGAAAGCCUUAGAGAUACUUCCUGAUCUAGUGUGCUGCUCUGCAAAAAAUCUUCGGGAUGUUGAAGAAGUGGCAUCUUUGCUGCAAACUUCAGUAAUGAGUAAACAAUGUGGCAGUGAAAUAUUUCUUACUAAGCUUAUCGCUCAGGCAUGUGUCUCUGUUUUCCCCGAGUCGGGUCACUUUAAUGUUGACAACAUCAGAGUGUGCAAGAUCAUAGGUUCUGGCAUUUGUGCUUCUACAGUAUUGCAUGGCAUGGUUUUUAAAAAAGAAACUGAAGGUGAUGUUACUUCUGUCAAAGAUGCCAAAAUAGCUGUGUAUUCUUGCCCUUUUGAUGGUAUGAUAACAGAAACUAAGGGAACUGUACUCAUCAAGAAUGCUGCCGAGCUGACAAAUUUUAGCAGAGGAGAGGAAAACUUACUGGAGUUACAAGUCAAGAGCAUUGCUGAUACUGGUGUAAAUGUUGUAGUUACAGGAGGAAAAGUGGCAGACAUGGCACUUCAUUAUGCUAACAAAUAUAAUAUUAUGUUACUCAGGCUGAAUUCUAAGUGGGAUCUCAGGAGACUAUGUAAAACUGUUGGUGCCACAGCCCUCCCCAGACUGACACCACCUAAUCUAGAAGAAAUUGGUUACUGUGACAGUGUGUGUUUGUCAGAAGUUGGGGAAACACAAGUAGUUGUGUUUAAACAUGAAAAGGAAGAUGGUGCUAUUUCUACAAUAGUAAUUCGUGGCUCUACAGAGAAUCUUAUGGAUGAUGUGGAAAGAGCAAUUGAUGAUGGUGUCAACACUUUCAAAGUACUCACACGGGAUAAGCGUCUUGUUCCAGGUGGUGGUGCAACAGAGAUAGAGUUGGCUAAGCAGAUCACGUCAUAUGGAGAGACUUGUCCAGGUCUUGAUCAGUAUGCAAUCAAGAAAUUUGCUGAGGCAUUUGAAGCUAUACCCCGAGCCCUGGCUGAAAAUUCUGGAGUUAAGGCUAAUGAACUUAUUUCUAAGCUCUACUCUGUACAUCAAGAAGGCAACAAAAAUGUUGGGUUUGAUAUUGAGGCUGAAACUGCAGCUGCGAAAGAUAUGUUGGAAGCUGGUGUAUUAGACACAUACCUUGGGAAGCUCUGGGGGAUUAAGCUGGCUACAAAUGCUGCAGUAACUGUCCUAAGAGUUGAUCAGAUUAUUAUGGCAAAAGCAGCAGGUGGUCCAAAAGCCCCUAAAGCUUCAGAACAUUGGGACAAGGAUGACUGGAAAGAUGGACCUGAACAGUAGUGUGAAAUCAUCAUGGCAAAACCAGCUGGUGGCCCCAAACCACCAACAGGAAAGAAGGAAUUGGAUGAUGACCACAGUGAUUGAACACUUUCAGAGUACUACUUAAGGAGUUGUGU